AUGAGCGCGGCGGCGCAGGCGUUGCAAAACCUCGCCCGCGCCGCGGUGGGGCUCGGCGUGACCGCCACCGCGGUCUCGCAGGUGAUUUACGACGUGGAUGGGGGCGAGCGCGCGGUGAUGUUCGACCGUUUCAGAGGGGUUCUGCCUGUGGUCAAGGGUGAGGGAACGCACUUGAUGGUGCCGUUCAUUCAAAAUCCGACGAUUUACGACGUGCGCACGCGGGCGAAGUCGCUGACGUCGGUGACGGGGACGAAGGACUUGCAGCAGGUGAACGUGACGCUUAGGGUGCUGUGCCGACCAGACGUGGACAAGCUGCCGAAGAUUCACAUGGAGCUCGGGCAGGAUUACGACGAUCGCGUGUUGCCGUCGAUCGGCAAUGAGGUUUUGAAGGCCACGGUGGCGCAGUUCAAUGCUGAUCAACUCUUGACGCAACGUCAAGAGGUGAGCAACAUGGUGAGCCAGGGCUUGCGCAAGCGCGCGAAGGACUUCGGCAUCAUCUUAGAUGACGUGGCGCUCACGCACCUGAGCUUCUCUCACGAGUACACGAAGGCUAUCGAAGCCAAGCAGGUAUCUCAGCAAGAGGCUGAGCGUGCGGUGUACGUGGUGAAGAGAUCCGAGCAAGAGCGUGAGGCUGCGAUUAUUCGCGCCGAGGGUGAAUCCGAGUCCGCGCGCCUGAUUUCGCUCGCCACCAAGACCGCGGGACCCGCGCUCGUUGAAUUGCGCCGCAUCGAAGCGAGCAGGGAGAUCGCGCAGACGCUCGCGAAGAGCCGUAACGUCAUGUACCUGCCGGGUAGCGGGGCGAACAUGUUGCUCGGAAUUGGAGGCCAAUAA